CUUCAUUUCCCCGAUGGCUGCGCGCUCCGUUACCUGAGCUAGAGCUGAAGGGCCGAAACCUUCAUCUAAGAUUUUUCUUUUUUAAGUUCUCAGGAGGAAAGUGUGACAGCGAACUGAGGCUUUUGGUUGCUCGGCGGGUCACCUCAUCUGGAAGAGCGGGAGGACGAGAGCUUGACGCUUAUCGAACGACCCAACUUCCGGUCGGCGGGCAAAAACCUAGGGCGCUUCUCCUUUAAUUGCGGUGGGCGGGACGCGGCGACGCCACCGGCGUUGCUAUUGGUGGCGAUUGGGGGCGCGGAAACUGAACCGGCACAACUGCCGACCCAGCUAUCUCUGGCACUUGGGGCGCAGCUGGUCCUGCCAGCCCCGCUAGCCCCGUCAUGGCUGCUCCUAGCCAGGAGGACCCCUCACUGGAGAGACAUUUUAAGGGCCACCGAGAUGCAGUCACCUGUGUGGACUUCAGUCUCAACACCAAGCACCUGGCCAGUGGCUCCAUGGAUUCAACCCUUAUGAUCUGGCACAUGAAGCCCCAGUCACGUGCCUACCGCUUCACGGGCCACAAGGAUGCUGUGACCUGUGUGAAUUUCUCCCCAUCGGGACACCUGCUUGCCUCAGGCUCCCGAGACAAGACUGUUCGCAUCUGGGUACCCAAUGUCAAAGGCGAGUCAACUGUAUUUCGUGCACACACGGCCACAGUGAGGAGUGUUCACUUCUGCAGCGAUGGCCAGUCACUUGUGACAGCCUCUGAUGACAAGACAGUCAAAGUGUGGUCAACUCAUCGCCAGAGAUUCCUGUUUUCCCUGGCCCAGCACAUCAACUGGGUCCGCUGUGCCAAGUUCUCCCCUGACGGGCGGCUCAUCGUGUCUGCCAGUGAUGACAAGACUGUCAAGCUGUGGGACAAGACCAGCCGGGAGUGUAUCCACUCAUACUGUGAGCACGGCGGUUUUGUCACCUACGUGGACUUCCACCCCAGUGGUACCUGCAUUGCUGCUGCCGGCAUGGACAACACGGUGAAGGUGUGGGAUGCGCGGACUCAUCGGCUGUUGCAGCAUUAUCAGUUACACAGUGCAGCCGUGAAUGCCCUUUCCUUCCACCCAUCGGGAAACUACCUCAUCACAGCCUCCAGUGACUCAACGCUGAAGAUCCUGGACCUGAUGGAGGGCCGGCUGCUCUAUACGCUUCAUGGGCACCAGGGGCCUGCUACCACUGUUGCCUUUUCAAGAACGGGGGAGUAUUUCGCUUCUGGAGGCUCCGAUGAGCAGGUGAUGGUCUGGAAGAGUAACUUUGACAUUGUUGAUUAUGGAGACGUGAAGGCACGGAGGCCCCCACCCCUAACCAGCUCUUCUGGAACUCUGCCAAAAAUGGAUUUGCCUGUCCCACCAGGCAGAGACAGGAGUCUGGAAUCAGUUCAAGGCGAGCCCCAGGAGUCCAUCAGCAUGCCUCAGACACUGACCAGCACACUGGAGCACAUCGUGGGCCAGCUGGACAUCCUCACGCAGACAGUGUCCAUUCUGGAACAGCGACUGACACUGACAGAAGACAGGCUGAAGCAGUGCCUGGAGAACCAGCAGCUAAUCAUGCAGAGAACGCCACCGUGAUGAGGGGAGCAAGGAUCAGGAGCUCAGUGAUUGGGGGGAUAGCAGGCCAGGGAUUUGUAUGGGGACUUGAGUAAAUAAAUAAAGGGAUCCCACCUGAGAGAGCCACAUCUUA